AUGUGCACUGACUUGCAUCCUAGCAGCAGCCCACGGAGCAGCCCUCUUGAUCCAAAGCCACCUGGUGGCUUUCUCUGCGGCUUCACUCGCAGAUUAAGUGCCCUCUUCUUUUUCAUCCCCAUGAAGCCUAUUUGGUUGGGGACUUUGCAGAAUGUACAUUCACUCAAUGCAUUUUUUGUUGCAUCACACGGCCUUGACUUGCCAACAUAUUUUGAGGUGAUUACUGUGGAUGACAUGCCAGUCUUCUACUAUUACAGCAACAUGAAAGAUGCUUCAUAUAACAUUUAUCAGGCCCACGGUCGAUGCGAUCUCCAUUCAGAUGGAACUACACAAGCCUUUUUAAUUCAUAAAUUUAAUGGCAAGGACUUCAUAAGCCUUGAUAUUGAGAGUAGAACAUUUACAGCAACAGUGCCUCAAGCAGUCCUCUAUAAGAGACUGAGGGACAGAAAUCAAGCGGACCUUGAGAUCGUUGUCUCUUUCUACAAAAUGAGGUGCAUUGACGGAAUUAAAGAGUUCCUGCAACAGGACUCCAGACUACGUGUGAGGAAAGUUCCAGAGGUCAGACUAUUUGAGAAGAAAAGCUCUGUCUUCACAGAGAUCACACGUCAUGUGACUGGGUUUUAUCCAGGAACAGUGCAGGUUCAGUGGUUUGGGUCAGACAUGCAGCCGGUAGUUGAAGGGGUUAUUGAAGGAGAAGUGUUACCAAAUGGAGAUGGUUCUUAUCAGACAAGAAAGAGUGUUGUGAUACCAGCAGAACACACAGGCAUCCAUAGUUAUAGCUGUGUGGUCCACCAGAGCAGCAUAUCUGGAAAUUUCACUCAAACUUGGGGUUCCUCCACUAACAUUUACCAGGCACAGGCUCGAUGUGACCUCUAUCCAAAUGGAACUGUGCAAGCCUUUUUAACCCAUGCAUUUAAUGGCAAGGAUUUUGUGAGCCUUGAUAUGAAGAUGAAAACAUUCACUGCCACGGUGCCUCAAGCAGUCCUCUAUAAGAUGAAGAGAGAGGAAGAUCAAGCCGACCUUGAAAUUGUUGCCAAUUUCCACCGAACAUGGUGUAUUGAUGGACUUAAGAUAUUCUUGCAACACAACCCCAGACUGCAAAAGAAGAAAGUUUCAGAAGUCAGGAUUUUUGAAAAGAAAAACUCUGCCUUCACAGAGCUCAUGUGUCAUGUGACUGGGUUCUUCCCACGAACAGUGCAGGUUCAGUGGUUUGGGUCAGACAUGCAGCCUGUGGUUGAGGGGGUUAUUGAAGGUGAAGUGUUACCAAAUGGAGAUGGUACUUAUCAGAUAAAAAAGAGUGUUGUGAUACCAGCAGAACACACAGGUUAUCACUACAGCUGUGUGGUCCAACAUAGCAGCAUGCCUGGAAAUAUCACAGAAGUUUGGGGUAAGGCCCAGCUGAAUCGAGAAAAUCUGUUGGGAGUGGACAGCCACCCAAAAUGCAGGGGCACUGACAUGUGUAAAAGCCCAAGUGUUGAUGCCUUGUCUGAUACAGUCAUACCCAUAGUGGUUCUAGCUUGUAUGGUGCCCUGGGUGAAUGCCCCCUUCAGUGAAAACUUGAUGUGA